GAUGCGUGUUGAAUGAAUGCUGAACAGAAACUAUGAGCAAAGUCAAUUUGAACAGUAUAACAUUCGCUUUUACGUGUUAAGUUUAAACUUGUGUUUAACUUGAUUGGGAAACUCCCACAUUAAAAGGAUGAGUAGCGAAACACAAAUCACUAAUAUCGUCAACGAUAUUUUGAAAGUAGAAGCCAUAGAAGAAGCAUUCAGUUGUGUGCUUGUACAUCAUCCAAAUAGUGAAAACGAAAAGAUAUCAUCAUGGCAAACAGAGCUAACAUCUGCUAUGUCAAAUAUAUCCAAGGAACAGCAAGAGAGUGCUGUACGACAAUAUUUAUCUAUGGCAGCAGCAAUGACAAAUCAUAGACGGUUACAGUUGCUAUUGUCAUUACUUGAAAAUUUAGUUACAUCCAAUGUCUUGCCAGCAAGACUUGUAUGUGAGUGUAUAUUAAGUUGUGACAAACUACAGUAUCAGCUAGAAGACUUUUGGGUAGAAUGUUUUGUCCUGAUCAGACAUAUUAUUGGAGGAGUUGAUUAUAAAGGUGUUAGAGAAGUAAUGAAAGGAUGCAAAGAAAAAGCGCAAACUAUUCCUGCACGAUUAAAUGCAUCUGUUCAACCACAGUUAAAAGCUUUGGAAAAUGUAAUUGAGUACAUUUUUGACCGAAAUGCUUGUUUAUUGCCAGGCUAUUUUAUUGUAAAUGAAAUUCAAAAAGCUUUUCCUGAUGGCAAAAAUUGGCCACACUGGAAAUUAGCAAAAUUACUUUCAAAUUUUGUCGAGAGUUUUCGCACCACUGCACAAAUGGUGUCUAUUGUCGGACAUUCGAAAAUGUUACCGGUUGUAGAACAUACUGGAUAUGCAGAUUUGAUUAAUCCUUGGGUACUCGAUACCACAACUCUGAAAUUUUCUUUGAAAGGAAAUUUGCCAUACGAUGAAGACUUGCUUAAACCCCAAACUGGAUUACUUAGAUAUGUUUUAGAACAACCCUAUAGUAGAGAUAUGGUGUGUUCAAUGCUUGGUUUACAGAAACAGCAAAAACAACGGUGUAUAGCUCUAGAGGAACAAUUAGUUGAGUUGGUUAUUCUUGCCAUGGAACGAGCGGAAAAUGAAACGUUACCAGCUGAAGGAACGGAUGGAACUGUUGCGAAUCAUUAUGUAUGGUUGCAUCUGUCGUCACAGCUUAUAUAUUUUGUACUUUUUUCAUAUGCCUGUUUUCCGAGUAUCGUAAUGGCAAUACACGAUAAACUAGCAGGCAGGGAUUUGAGAAAAGGGAGGGAUCACUUAAUGUGGGUCUUAUUGCAAUUUAUUUCUGGAAGUAUUCAAAGAAACCCGCUAUCAAACUUCUUGCCAGUAUUAAAAUUAUACGAUCUUCUUUAUCCAGAAAAAGAACCUUUACCUGUCCCGGAUUAUAGUCAAGCGUUGUGCACACAUCAGAUGGCUAUCACAUGUAUAUGGAUACACCUGUUGAAAAAAGCUCAGUCUGAACACUCAAAUAUUCAUAGACCAAUACCUCACACAUUGAAACUACACCACGAAUUUUUGCAACACUUAGUAAUGCCCAACACUUCUCUUUGUAUGGGUUCAGAUUAUCGAAUUGCUUUAUUGUGUAAUGCGUAUUCAACGAAUCAAGAAUAUUUUGGUAGGCCGAUGGCAGCAUUAGUUGACACCAUACUUGGUACACAGAAAGGUCAGCAACAACAACCAAUGCAGACAUUACAAAAUAAUGCUGCACUCGCAAGUGGUCCAACCACGCCGUUGUCUAUGUCCAUUUUGGAUUCGUUAACGGUUCAUUCUAAAAUGAGUCUUAUACACAGUAUUGUCACUCACGUUAUUAAGUUAGCCCAAUCUAAAAGCAGUAUGGCAUUGGCGCCAGCUCUAGUGGAAACAUACAGUAGGCUACUAGUAUACACAGAGAUCGAAAGUCUCGGUAUUAAAGGGUUCAUCAGCCAAUUACUUCCAACAGUUUUCAAGUCGCACGCAUGGGGAACAUUGUACACGCUCUUAGAAAUGUUCAGUUAUAGAAUGCAUCAUAUACAACCCCAUUACAGAGUGCAACUCUUGUCCCAUUUACACAGUCUCGCGGCAGUACCGCAGACUAAUCAGACACAGCUCCAUUUGUGUGUAGAAAGUACUGCUCUUCGUUUAAUUACUGGUUUAGGAUCUGCCGAAGUACAGCCACAAUUAUCUAGAUUUUUAUCAGAACCAAAGACCCUUGUUUCUGCGGAAUCCGAAGAAUUAAACAGAGCUUUAGUGUUAACACUGGCACGGUCUAUGCAUGUCACAGGGACAGGAUCGGAUAGUCACAGUGGAACGUGGUGUAAGGAAUUAUUGAAUACAAUAAUGCAGAAUACACCACAUUCAUGGGCGAAUCAUACUCUUCAGUGUUUCCCACCAGUUCUCAGUGAAUUUUUCCAACAAAAUAGUGUACCGAAAGAAAAUAAACAGCAGAUAAAGAAGGCAGUAGAAGAGGAGUAUAGAAACUGGGCUUCUAUGAGUAAUGAAAAUGACAUCAUUGCACACUUUUCCGUACCUGGAACACCUCCUUUGUUUUUGUGCCUUUUGUGGAAGAUGAUUUUUGAGACUGAUCGCAUUAGCCCAAUCGCAUAUAAGAUUCUAGAAAGAAUUGGUGCUCGAGCUUUAUCUGCUCAUCUCAGAAAGUUUUGUGAUUAUCUUGUAUUUGAAUUUGCAAAUAGUGUGGGUGGUCAACACGUAAACAAAUGCGUAGAUACAAUCAAUGACAUGAUCUGGAAGUAUAAUAUAGUGACCAUUGACAGACUGAUUCUUUGUCUAGUACUGAGAACUCAUGAAGGGAGCGAAGCUCAAGUGUGUUUCUUCAUCAUUCAGUUACUGUUACUGAAAGCCAUUGAAUUUCGAAAUAGGGUUCAGGAGUUCGUUAAAGAAAAUUCUCCGGAGCAUUGGAAACAGUCGAAUUGGCAUGAAAAGCAUCUUGCUUUUCAUAGAAAGUUCCCAGAAAAGUUUGCUCCUGAAGGUAUUAUGGAGCAAACUAGUGGAGGACCUAGUCAAUAUCAAAGUCUACCUGUUCAUUUCGGAAACGUGUGCUUACGAUUUUUGCCAGUUUUCGAUAUUGUUGUACAUAGAUACUUGGAAAUCGCAGCUGUAUCAAAAAGUUUAGAGACAUUAUUAGAACAUUUGGGGUGCUUGUAUAAAUUCCAUGAUCGACCUGUAACAUAUCUUUACAAUACAUUACAUUAUUAUGAACGUAAGUUGAGGGACAGACCACCACUAAAACGACGCCUAGUUUCUGCAGUUCUGGGUUCAUUGAGAGAAAUCAGAGCGCCUGGAUGGGCCCUCUCGGAAGCUUACCAAAUGUACAUGACGCGAUCAUCCGACGAUGUUGUUACGUGGAUGCCAGAAUUAGAUUACUACAUCCGUUUAGUACAACGAAUUGUAGAAACAAUGUCAGGUACAGCUCACUUCCCUGCUACUGAUUGGAGAUUUAAUGAAUUUCCAAAUCCUGCUGCACAUGCACUAUAUGUUACGUGUGUGGAACUCAUGGCUGUUCCAGUUGCUCCUAAUUUGGUUGCUAAUUCAUUACUGGAUGUGGUUGCAAAAGGAUACACAGUGAUACCGUCAGAUGAAAUUCAUUUGUGGAUAAAUUGUGUUGGGUUAUUAUUAGCUGCUUUACCAGAAUGUUAUUGGUCAGCAAUUCAUGAUCGAUUAGUGGAAACUAUUAACAGUCCAGGAUUAGCAAAUUGGCAGUAUAGUAAUUUAACACCGUUUCAAAUGUUUAAUUUCAACAAUACUCAUAAUAGUCUGUUGGAAAACAAGUAUAGUUAUAUGUUGGCAUUAGCCCACUCUGUGUGGCAUCAUGCUGGUGCUGGACAAAUAACUACCAUGCCUCAAUUCAUUAAAGAGAAACUUCAACCGGUUGUAAAUAGCGAAGAACAAUUGAUAUAUGCUUGUCAUUUAAUUGGACCAACUUUAGCAAGGUUCAAUGCCGAAAGACCAAACUGUGUAGUAGAAUUGGCGGUCCGCUUAUAUGAAAUGCUCGAACAAGUCGAUCGUCAUCAAACCCAUUUAAAAUAUAUGGAUCCAGUCUGUGAUUUAUUGUAUCACAUAAAGUAUAUGUUCGUCGGUGAUAUGAUGAAAAAUGAAGUCGAAUGUAUUAUACGAAGAUUGAGACCAUCUUUGCAAAUGCGACUACGAUUUAUUGCACAUAUAAAUAUAGAUGAAAUUCAGUCUUCCUGA